AUGCAGCCCAGACUAAGCGAAGCCGCGCACAAAGUCAAUCCACCCAGAUUUUCUCUUCGACUUUUUCCCUUCGGACGCAGCAGCCAACAUCGACACGACGGACCUCGAUCCUCAGCAACGGUCAAGAUGGUUUUCACUAAGCUGGUCAAGAACAGCGCUUACUACAGUCGCUACCAGACUAAGUACAGGCGUCGUCGGGAGGGAAAGACCGAUUACUAUGCCCGUCAGCGCUUGGUCACCCAGGCCAAGAACAAGUACAACUCGCCCAAGUACCGCCUGGUCGUUCGCUUCACCAACCGCGACAUCAUUACCCAGAUCGUCUACUCCGAGAUCGCCGGCGACAAGGUCCUUGCCAGCGCCUACUCCCAUGAGCUCAAGCGCUAUGGCAUCACCCAGGGUCUGACCAACUGGGCCGCCGCCUACGCCACUGGUCUGCUCCUCGCCCGCCGUACCCUCAAGAAGCUUGGUCUGGAUGAGGACUUCACCGGUGUUGAGGAGGCCGAUGGUGAGUUCACUCUCACUGAGGCUAUCGAGACCGACGAUGGCACCCGCCGCCCCUUCAAGGCUUUCCUUGAUGUUGGUAUUUCCCGCACUUCCACCGGUGCCCGUGUCUUCGGUGCCAUGAAGGGUGCUUCCGACGGCGGUAUCUUCAUCCCCCACUCUGAGAAGCGCUUCCCUGGAUUCGACAUUGAGACCGAGGAGCUCGAUGCUGAAACCCUCCGGAAGUACAUCCUUGGCGGACACGUCGCUGAGUACAUGGAGGGUCUUGCCGAUGACGAUGAGGAGCGUUUCAACAGCCAGUUCCAGAAGUACGUUGAGAACGAGAUCGACGCCGGUGACCUCGAGGACCUCUACCUUGAGGCUCACAAGGCUAUCCGUGCCGACCCCUUCAAGAAGGACGAGGAGGCUGGCCCCAAGAAGUCCAAGGAGGAGUGGAAGGCCGAGAGCAAGAAGUACAGGAAGACCAAGACCACCAAGGAUGAGAAGAAGGCUGCUGUCGAGGCCAAGAUCCGUGCUCUCGCUGCUUAAGCCGAAAGGUUGACUACAGGUGUGGGACUGUUAAGGCUGAUGAAGUUUAAUGAGAGCUAGUCGAGCAAAAAGAGUAUUUUAUAAAAUGCAGGGGGAAUAUGCUUUUCUUUUUAUCCAAUCAGCGAUUUUCCUUUUUUACAUCCUGUAGCUCGAUGGGGAACGACAUUUCAGAAGGCUUUCUUUUUUUUUUUUUCAAUCGGUUCGGAGCAAUUAGGUCGGUGUUUAGGCCAUGGAAUUGAAUCUGUUCUAAUACUGUCCGAAUUGCUCCGUAAUAAGGCCUGAUGCAUCCGUAGCGAAUAAGACGCCCGGAGUCCAAUUGCGGCAUUCAUAGCAGACAUCCAGGUUGCUUGAAAUCUGUUACAAAAAUACUGUACAGUGUUCAGAAUCCACAUACGGAGUACAGCCACGCGAGUCAUUAUCGAACUCGAUUUAAUGAGGCUUGAAGCGAUUGGGAAGCGCAAAUUUUAGGUAUUUAUUUAGAUAAUUGUUAGAUGCCGACUUUCCCUAGGCCUUCUUGCCGUUAGGGGCAAUUUGCCUAUUCCGUUCAUUCGGUCGGCGGACGGGUGGGACGAACAGUCCGAUGAGGAUCCAGAUUGCUUCUUAUUUUCUGGUGAAUAUGGAUCCUCAGGAAUAAUAAUGCUGUACAGCAUGUAAAAAUUUGCCUUAGCUGAGGAUAUGCCAUUGUUUCUUUUCCUCUCCUUUUUGUGUGCGAUACCUAACCUAUUUCGAUUAUUCAUAGGUAUACUUGUGCAGAAUGAAAUGAAAUAAAAC